AUGACAACGACAUCUACAACAACGGAAGCUAUAGCCCCAGAGAACGUUACGUUAAGCGCUUUGCCUGAUCAGCGACACCAACAAUCCACCACAGCAACCUCGGCACAAACAAUAGAGCCUCUCAAUGUUGAAUCCGUCACUAAUGCAGAGCCCAACUACCCAACGGGUACUAAGUUCUGGUGUAUAGUCCUUGCACUUUGCAUGAUCCUCAUACUUGGAGGAUUAGACGCCAAUAUAGUCGCUACAGCUGUACCAAGCAUCACAGACCACUUCCACACCGUCGCAGAUGUAGGAUGGUACUCGUCUGCAUUUCGGCUAUGCAGCUGUGCGUUUCAGUUUGGAUUUGCGAAGCUGUAUAAGCCUUUCCCCAUCAAAUCAAUCUUUCUACUAAGCAAUGCUAUCUUUCUUAUCGGCUCUGUGCUCUGUGCUACGGCAGCCUCAUCAGCAAUGUUCGUUGUCGGGAGAGCAGUAACGGGCGUAGGAUUCGCGGGGGAGAUGGCUGGCUGCUUUGCAGUUCUUGUGCAGACCUCACCCUUAAAUAGGCGACCGGUAUUUGCGGGGUUGAAGGCCUGCGUAGAGUCGCUCGCUAUCAUUGCGGCUCCAAUAGCCGGAGGUGCAUUGACGCAGUCUUUGGGGUGGAGAUGGUGUUUCUGGUAUUCAACUCCUGUCAACAGAUUAUAUAUAGAAACUACUAUUAGUGCAUACUAA